CGGCGCCAAUAAGUUUGAGAUCCCAAUGCCCACCUUUGGAGAAAUGUACAAGGAGCAGAUCAUGUCCCCUUUCUUUUCCUUCCAGAUCUUCUGUGUGCUGCUGUGGUGUCUGGAGGACUACUGGCAGUACUCGCUGUUUAAUCUGACCAUGAUUCUAGGGUUUGAGGCGAGUGUGGUGAUGACCCGUCGACUGAGCAUCAG